AAAAGUGGUACCGAUACCGAACACAUGUCCCCAGUCACAGUCAGUAACAAAGCAACUAAACAUAUAAAAUCACGUUGGAUCCAGACGCCAGGGUACAGCCCGUCCGCUUAUGCCUUGGUCGACGGAAGUAAACCGCAAACUACGCGGCGCACUUGUUUUGGUUCACUCCGGUUACCGCAGACGCGCUUGGACGCCAUCGGAAUUCACUUCCUGUUCGCACUCAACGGGGUUAGUGCACUGAUUCAAACGCCAACUCUCUCCACAGUCAGGCUUUAAAAAGCUGGACCAGGCAGACGCAGCCCCAGCUGAACUUUGGUUCUGGAGCUGCUUGGGCCGAGUGGGUCCUGGCGUUAAUUCGGCAGUGGACCGCUCCGGACCGGUCGGCCCGCUCCCCCGCCGGACCCUUCUGGAAGCUCUGAUUGAAAGCAGGCUGGGCCGAGGCGUUUCGGUCCGGUCCCGGGACGGGAGGAAUCGAUAACGCUCCUCAGUCACAUACGGAAGAUUACUCAUGACAAGCUGUACGUGAUUCUUCAGCAGACCACUCACCCCCUCAGUUGAUCACCUGUGAAGACUGCAGAUCAGAGCACAUGACCAGCAUCGACGGGGAGGCCCAGUUGCCUUGAGGAGAGGCGUGAUCUCUGAGGCGCUGGCGGGAAGACGACCAUGGCGCAUAGCAACGGGAACGGCGACCUUCUCCUCGGCAACGGUGGCGUCCCGGCAGCGGGCGGCAUCGCCACGGCGACGGCGGUGGGACCCGAGGCGGACGGCAGCGCGCUGCGCGGGAAGGUCAGCCAGAACGGCGGCGUGAAGCUCAACGGGCUGCUCCGCCCACACCCCGCCCCCAGCCCCGCCGACACGCCCAAACCGCCCCCCUGCUGCCACCGCUGCCCCUUCCACCCGCCGCUCUGCUGCCACGGCAACCAGCAGGAGUGCCACAUCUUCCAGAACCGGUCUCCGGUCCACCCGGCGCCCUGCUGCCUGCAGCAGCACCGCGCCCAGGACCACUUCCAGAACCCGCCCGGCCCGCUCAACAUGGCCAGCAUGAGGAGCAGGGUUUAUGAGCUGGGGCGCUCGGUGGACAGUGUGGUUCCCGUGUGCAGCUCAAGACCAUUUAGAUUCCCCAAAAGUUAUGCUGCGCUGAUAGCUGAUUGGCCGGUGGUGGUACUGGGCGUGUGCACUGUCCUCAUAGGAGUCUGUGCCUUGGUGGGGGUCCUGGUUCCAGAGCUCCCAGACUUCUCUGACCCCCUGCUGGGGUUUGAGCCACGGGGCACAGCCAUUGGUCAGCGCCUGGUCACAUGGAACAACAUGGUGAAGAACACCGGCUACAAAGCCACCCUGGCCAACUACCCCUUCAAAUACGCCGACGAACAGGCCAAGAGUCACCAGGAGGACCGGUGGCUGGAGGAGCACUUGGACAGAGACAAGCGGCAGGUGGAGUGGGACUUCAGCAAAGACAGCUUCUUCUGCGACGUUCCCGCAGGGGACCGCUACUCCAGGCUGGUGUUCAGCUCUGCGGAGGGGAAGAACCUGUGGAAUGUACAAGCAAUCAAAUCCAUGUGCAGUUUGGACAACACGCGGGUCCGGUCACACCCGCAGUACUGGAAGCUGUGCCAGCGGACCUCCGAUGCCUCCUGCUGCCCCAGCUGGACGCUGGGCAACUACAUCGCCGUCCUCAACAACAAGUCGUCGUGCCAGAAGAUCACGGAGCGCGACGCGUCCCACACGCUGAAGGUGCUGCGCUCCUGCGCCAAGUUCUACCACAACGGCACGCUGGGGCCCGACUGCUGGGACACGGCCGCGCGCCGCAAGGACCAGCUCAAGUGCGCCAACGUGCCGCGCAAGUGCACCAAGUACAACGCCGUCUACCAGAUCCUCCACUUCCUGGUGGACAAGGACUUCCUGGGGCCCAAGGCGGGGGACCCGCAGGCCCCGUCGCUGAGGUACAGCAUGCUCUUCUCCCCCACGGAGAAGGGCGAGACCAUGAUGGACAUCUACCUGGACAACUUCGAGAACUGGAACGCCUCGGACGGCGUGACCACGGUGACGGGAAUCGAGUUUGGGAUCAAGCACAACCUGUUCCAGGACUACCUGCUGACGGACACGGUGUACCCGGCCAUCGCCAUCGUCAUCGUCCUGGCGGUCAUGUGCGUGUACACCCGCUCCGUCUUCAUCACCCUCAUGACCAUGUUCGCCAUCAUCAGCUCGCUGAUCGUGUCCUACUUCCUGUACCGCGUCGUCUUCAACUUCCAGUUCUUCCCCUUCAUGAACCUGACGGCGCUCAUCAUCCUGGUCGGGAUCGGCGCGGACGACGCCUUCGUCCUCUGCGACGUCUGGAACUACACCAAGUUCGACCGGCCCGACGCCGAGCUGUCGCGGACGGUGGGCGUGACCUUGCAGCACGCCGCCCUCUCCAUGUUUGUCACCAGCUUCACCACCGCCGCCGCCUUCUACGCCAACUACGUCAGCAACAUCACCGCCAUCCGCUGCUUCGGGGUCUACGCCGGCACCGCCAUCCUGGUCAACUACAUCCUGAUGGUCACCUGGCUGCCGGCGGUGGUGGUCCUGCACGAGCGCUACCUGCUCAACCUCUUCACCUGCUUCCAAACGCCGCCGCACAGUAGCCGGGCCUACAGCACCAAAAGCUUCUGGAACUUUCUCUGCCAGAAGGUGGACAAGUGCCUCUUCGCCGCCUCCGAGGUCUCCCGGAUCUUCUUCGAGAAGGUCUUGCCCUGCGUGGUGAUCAGGUUCCGCUACGUCUGGCUCUUCUGGUUCCUGGCCUUCACGGUGGGCGGGGCCUACGUGGUCUGCAUCGACCCCAAGAUGAAGCUGCCCUCGCUGGAGCUGUCCGAGUUCCAGGUGUUCCGCUCCUCCCACCCCUUCGAGCGCUACGACGCCGAGUUCAAGAAGCUCUUCAUGUUCGAGCGCGUCCACAACGGCGAGGAGCUGCACAUGCCCAUCACCAUAAUCUGGGGCGUCACCCCCGUGGACAGCGGGGACCCCCUCAACCCCAAAAACAAGGGCAAGCUCACGCUGGACGCCACCUUCAACGUGGCCACCCCGGCCUCCCAGACCUGGAUCCUCAACUUCUGUCAGAAGCUGCGGAACCAGAGCUUUGUGCACCAGUCGGACGAGCAGGACUUCACCAGCUGCUUCAUGGAGACCUUCAAGCAGUGGAUGGAGAACCAGGACUGCGAGGAGGCGCUCGUCUACCCCUGCUGCAGCCAGUCCGUCUUCCCCUACAAGCAGGACGUCUUCGAGCUCUGCAUCAAGAGGGCCAUCAUGGAGCUGGACCGCAGCACCAUCUACCACCUGGACAGCAAGACGCCCGGCCCCAGGUUCGACAUCAACGACACCAUCCGGGCGGUGGUGCUGGAGUUCCAGAGCACCUACCUGUUCACGCUGGCCUACGAGCGGAUGCACCAGUUCUACCGGGAGGUGGACGUGUGGAUCCAGGAGGAGCUGAAGUCCGCGCCCCCGGGGUUGAGCUACGGCUGGUUCGUCAGCAACCUGGAGUUCUACGACCUGCAGGACAGCCUGUCGGACGGCACGCUGGUCGCCAUGGCGCUGUCGGUGGCGGUGGCGUUCAGCGUGAUGCUCCUGACCACCUGGAACGUGGUGAUCAGCCUGUACGCCAUCGUGUCCAUCGCCGGGACCAUCUUUGUGACGGUGGGGUCGCUGGUGCUGCUGGGCUGGGAGCUGAACGUCCUGGAGUCGGUCACCAUCUCGGUGGCGGUGGGGCUGUCGGUGGACUUCGCCGUGCACUACGGCGUGGCCUACCGCCUGGCCCCCGAGCCCGACCGCGAGGGGAAGGUGGUCUUCUCCCUGAGCCGGAUGGGCUCGGCCAUUGCCAUGGCGGCGCUCACCACCUUCGUGGCGGGGGCGAUGAUGAUGCCGUCCACCGUGCUGGCGUACACCCAGCUGGGCACCUUCAUGAUGCUGAUCAUGUGCGUGAGCUGGGCCUUCGCCACCUUCUUCUUUCAGUGCAUGUGCCGCUGCCUGGGGCCGCAGGGCACCUGCGGGCAGAUCCCGCUGCCCAAGGGGCUGCGCUGCCACGCCCUCUCGCCCGACGGCCCCGCCCCCUCGCUGCCCGCCGCCGGGAAGCUGUGCCGCGGCGAGGUGGAGCACGAGCACUACGAGCUGGAGCCGCUGGCGUCCGCCACAGACGCCGGGCGCACGGACGGGUCCGCCGGCGACGAGGCGCAGGUGUGCCCCCGGCUCUACAGCGGGACCCCCGAAAACGGGCUGCCUGCCCUGUCCGAGCCGGGGCGCCCCUGCCAGUACUCCUGUGGGGACCCCCAGCCGGUCAGGGGCGCGCCGUGGACGCCCCACUCGUGCUCUCAGAUCGGGGACGUCCCCCCGCCCUGCCCCGGCUCGUGUGCGCCCCCCGGUGGCCUCCCCCUGCAGGGGCGAGCCUUGCUCUCCGCCCUGGAGUGCCACGCCCACUACCUCCACCACGCCCCCGCGCACCACCUGCCCCGGCAGCACCACCCCCACUGCCCCUCGGGCCUCGGGCAGAGACCCGCCCCCCAGGCCUGCCACCUCAGGAACUACUGCGUGCACAUGGUGCAGCUGCAGCAGUCUCCCGACCACCAGGGGGCGCCGGACUCCACCGGCCCUGCCGCCGAAGAGCCCCAGAGGUCGGGCAGGCCUCAGUGCUCGGGCGCUAAUGGCGCCGUUAGCCCCGCCCCGGCGGCAAAGACUCUCACAGCGGGGGGGUGCGCGGGAAACCAUGUGACGCAGGCCGGCGGCGACCGACCGCCAGAGCCGGCCGAUUCCCGCCAGGAGGGGGCGGGGCCCCACGAACGGCCGGCCGCGAACUCCUGCCCCGCCGGGCAGAAGGAGGGCGCCCCCAAGAGGUGCAGGCCGAAGCGCAAGGAGAAGAGGGCCAAGGCCCCCUCCGCCAAAAAACUGUGUUUCAGCAGGACUCUGAAAGAUAAGUGCAAUUCUCUGGACUCGCAUCACACGCCAAAACCGGAACCCGCAGUGCCUGCACUUCCUGUGACCUCACAGCCCUCCUCCGAGAGUCGGUGCUGAAUAUUAAACGCUUAUACAGGAAAACCUUUAAAAAAAACACUAUGGAGUAAAUUUAUGAAUAAAUUUUGUUAUAUGAA